AAAACAAGGAACCCUCAUCAACCCCUUCUUCCGCUCCUACUCCUUCUCAUUCUUCUAUACAACAACAACAACAACAACAACAUCGUACAGCAACACCUUCACCUUCUAAUAGCAAUAAUAAGAGUGAACCUAAAUCAGGCGUUUUAUUAAUUCGUGUUUGUGAAGCACGAGGUAUUACGCCACCUCCUAAUAUUACUUUACCUGCAACUCAGCAAGUUUCUGUUAAUAACAACCGUCAUAAUCGUGAUUCCUUCACUCGUAAGCAACAACAUUGGUGGUUACCUUAUGUUGUAUUAGAAUUUGAUAAGAAUGAAAUCUUGAUUGAUGCACUUGGUGGUGAUACAGCUAAUCCCAUCUAUCAAUACAGAGCUCAUUUUGAUGUCUCUUGUAGUUCAGAAGUAUCCAUAUCUAUCUACAUGCGUCGUCCUCCUUCUUCACAAGUAGAAACGGGUCGUACAACAAAUGACUUUUUCCUUGGUGCUGUUAAGAUUCAACCUAACUUUGAAUCAACUAAAAUAGAAGAUCAAGUAUUAAAUAUUAUUGGCGGUACAGGUUCUAUGCAUAUUCAAUUAUGCUAUAGACCUCAGCAGGCUAGUGGACCUAUUACGUUUGAUGCGUUUGAACUUCUUCGUGUUAUUGGUCGUGGUAGUUUUGGCAAGGUUUAUGUUGUACGUAAAAAGGAUACAAAUCGUAUUUAUGCUAUGAAAGUUUUACGUAAAUCACGUAUUAUCUCUCGAUCAGAAGUAACUCAUACAAUGGCAGAAAAGACAGUAUUAGCCAAGAUUAGAAAUCCAUUUAUUGUACCACUUAAAUUUGCUUUCCAAAGUCCUGAUAAGCUUUAUUUAGUAUUGGCUUUCAUUAAUGGUGGAGAACUCUUCCAUCACUUACAAUUAGAGGGUCGAUUUGACGAGAAUAGGUCAAAGUUUUAUACUGCUGAACUUUUGAGUGCUUUAGAAUGUCUUCAUGACUUUAAUGUUGUUUAUCGUGACCUUAAACCUGAAAAUAUUCUUAUUGACUAUAAUGGACAUAUUGCACUUUGCGAUUUUGGUUUAUGUAAAUUAAAUAUGAAAGAAAACGAGCGUACAAAUACAUUUUGCGGUACACCUGAAUACCUUGCACCUGAAUUACUACUUGGACAAGGCUAUACAAAGACAGUUGAUUGGUGGACCUUGGGUGUUUUACUUUACGAGAUGAUGACUGGGUUACCACCAUUUUAUGAUGAAAACACAAAUGAAAUGUAUAGAAAGAUUUUGCAAGAUGAAUUAAGAUUUCCUGACGACAUGAGUCCUGAAUCAAAAUCACUUUUGAGAGGACUUCUUACACGUGAUCCUAAUAAGAGAUUGGGUAAUAAUGGAUCAGAAGAAAUUAAGAAUCAUCCUUUCUUUGCUAGUAUUGAUUGGAAGAAAUUAAAUCAAAAGAAACUUCAACCUCCCUUUAAGCCCUCUGUUGACUCUGCUUAUGAUACAACUAAUUUUGAUGAUGAAUUCACUUCAGAAGCACCUCAAGAAUCUGUAGUAGAUGAAUCUCAAAUAUCAAGCACAAUGCAAGAACAAUUUGCAGGUUUUACUUAUAAUCCAGCUAAUGAUGGUGUCAUGGGUGAAAGUUAUACAGGCACUUCUAACGUUGGUAGUGCCAGUGCUUCUCAUUCUCAUGAUUGGUAAAUGAAAGGAAGGAGAGAGAGAGAGAGAAAAAAAAA